GAAAAUGAAUAGAAGGAAUGCAUAUGCCGGAAUGCCUGGAAGAAGAAUCUUUCAAGCGAAGUAAAUAGUCAAUGAGUGAAAAUUGAAUGAGGCAAAGCAGAAAAGGAUGCGGAGUUCUUAAGUGAUAAAAUGUGUUAAUGGCAUUAGCUGUCAUCUAUUAGAUUAAUAAUAAAGGGAUAUUUGCUUUAAAAAUGAACGAUUAGAUUAGGUGGUUAGAGGAUGCACGUGGUGUUCCGUCGUAUAGGCAAACUGGUGACGUCAUCAGACAAGGUAUCUGGUUCGGCCAACCAGACGAGGCGAGUCUGCUGAGACGGGGGAGGAACGAACGGACGUACAAACAACGAGCGAUGAGAGAGAGGAGAAGACUGAGAAUGAAGCGCUGACGAUAUUAGAAAUGAGUCUUUUAAAGUUGUUAUCAUCAUGAUAAAUGUGUUAACGUUGCUGAUAUUGGGAUGUGUGGUCUGUUUACCCGUGACUACAGCCAACACGACUUUGGUUGACGGGAUAUAUUGGUCGGAACAAGUAGAAAGAUGGAUGCCUCGUGGAUAUCCUGACUCCUACAUCGACAAAUGGAGGAAAUUUGUGAACGAAUCGCGUGUUGUCAAAGUAGAAGAGGGUUGCGGUCGCAUGCAGAAUCGCUACGUCAUCCUAGAAGGUGGUGUAAGUGCUUGUUGUCGUUACCGCCAGAACAACGAUCAGAUUCAAGGUGAAAUCUUUUCCUAUUAUUUGAGCCAACUGCUGAGAUUAGAGAAUUUACCCCCAACAGUACUUUCCAUGGUGAAUGGACACAGCCAUCGUUGGAACGGAGUCUCUAAUCAGCUCAGUUUGGCGCAAUGGACUAACGACAGGCCUGUCGUUUUAACUAAGUUUGUAGAUGGUCUCGUUCCAGCUUACAUUCCGACUCAAUUUCGCACCAAAAAUCGUCGCCUCCAUCCCAUAGACGACGAUCUGAAAGGAAGAAGUCGGCAAGACGUCAUAGAGUUGGUCCAGUGGUCCGAUUUGAUUCUGUUUGAUUAUUUAACCGCAAACUUGGAUCGGGUUGUCAACAACAUGUAUAACGAGCAAUGGAACUCCGAGAUGAUGAGAUCUCCGGCUCACAAUCUUGCCAAGUGUCGCCGUUCGGGCCUAUUGAUCUUUCUCGAUAACGAAUCGGGUCUGGUGCAUGGUUACCGUCUCCUGGACAAGUACGAACAAUUUCAUCGCUCCUUACUCGAUUCUCUAUGCGUCUUCCGUAGGAGGACAGCUGAAUCUAUCAAGAAAUUGCGCCACAGAAGUACUUUGGACGCAUUGUUAAAGCGCAGUUUUCAAAACGAAGGUUCGUCCGUGACCGAAUGGUUACCUUAUCUUCCAGAAAAGACUUUAAGGACUCUUCAGCAGAGGAUGGAUACCGUCUACAAACACAUCAGAAAGUGCGACAAGAGGUACCGCCUGGUCUAGUCUCUCCGAUAAUUCCACGAGUUUAAAAGAAAAACGCAAGCCUUCAUGUUCUCAAUGAAUUAGUAAUGAAUCUUUAUUUAAAAAAAUGUACAUUUUAGAAUCAGUGUCUUCUUGAAAGCAGAUUUUAUUGAUGUAAUAUUAAUAUAUCUUACAUAAAUUACUUUAUUUCGCUUUAAAUUUGUGUUUUAAAUUAAAUAAAAUCUAAAUUUUAUGGCUCGCAUUAUAAAAACUUUGGACGGGAGGGAGUUUUCAUUCAGCCAUUUUGCUAAAAUUUAUGAGCUAGGACUAAACUCUACACAUGUUAUAUACACUAAGAUCGUGUUAUCAAUCGAUAAGUUCUAUAGAAAUAAACAUUUAAAGUAUUUCUUUCUAGGUUUAGAGGACGGACUGCAUCUUUAUUUCAUAAUAACUUGAAAAAUAAAUAUAUAGAAAGGAUAAAAUUUGAUGUAAUUUGCAGAAUUCUCUCAUUGAAUUAGGUUUUUGAAAUCAAAAUGAAUAUUUAAUCGCUUUAUUCUAAGAAGGAAACGUCCUCAUUUUAAUGCCAGAUGUUCCAACUAAGCUAUAAUUUUAAGACUCAGACUGAGUCGAACACGCAGGUUUUAUCACAUGUUAAAUUCAAAAUGAUGGUUUAGAAAUUUUAAUUCUGUAACUUCUGGAUUAAAUAAAUUCGAUUUACAGUUUUAUUAUGCAACAGAUAAGAAGUA